AUGCUCAAUAAACUAAGUUUGUGGUUUAAGAAUCUCAGAAUGAGUAACUAGAUAAUAAUAGUUAAUCUGUUGAUAAUAAUACUUGCCGUUUUACUUGUCAUGACAACAGGACAUAUACAAUAAGCGAUAUUCUUCUCUUACGUUCAAGAAGUGGAACAAGCAUUAACUUUAAAAUAAGAGAAGAGUCUUGUAAAUAAUAUCUCUAGAGAAUUGCGAAUUUACAUUCAAUAGAAAAAUUAUCAGACAAUUUUAAAUCUAUGGCAUUCGUAAUAAAUGUUUUAUUAAUUGAUAUAGAAGCAGUCCUAGUUCUAAAUCAAAGUGAAUUAGUUUUAAGAUUGUGUUGAAUAGGAGGAUAUUAGUGAGGAUAAUAUAAUUUAUAAUUCAGACAUUUUUUGUUAAGGAUUAUACACAAAAUAAUAUGACAGUCAAGCAAUUUUGCUCAAUUAAACCAUUUCCUUAUUGAUUCCAUUCUCAUAGCUGUUUCUAGGGGAUGAAUAAAAUAAGAUUUCAUUUAUUGAUGUACCAAAUAAUUAAAUAUUCGCACAAUAUCCUCGAAUGUAUAAAUACAAAAAUUAUGUCCCAAGUACUCGACCUUGGUAUACGAAUCAUAUUGCCCAAUAUGAGAUUAAUCCAAAAUCAGAAUAUUUUUACUCUCCAAUUUACACAUCAGUAAGAAGUUUUAUGCCGUAUUUUUCACUGACAUAUUCCUUGAUUAUUAAUUCAACCUUAUUUGGAAUUACCUCCUAACUGUAGGAAAUUUACGAUAAAAAUAUCCAAAGUAUACCUAUGAGUAUAUUUUUGGUCAAUUAAAAUGGGGAUAUUAUUUUGACAACAAUGCCAUCUAUAUCAAAAACUAAUGUGCUUAUUACAAUCACAAAUGAAACAUACACAGGAUUUAAUUAGUCGGAUUGGGACUUAGUAUAAAAGAAUUCCAAGUAGAAAAAUGCAGUAGAAACUAAUUUUUAUCUUGAGAAUAAAAUUUUUAAGAAACCUGUCUUUGUAAAUGCUUUUAACUUUGAAAAGGAAAACCUAACUUUAAUUGUGUAAGAUGAUCAAAAAAUUGGGGAAAAAUUGUAAGAUCUGGUUGAUACAAUUAGGAAGAGUCUGAUCCAAGAUGUGUAAAUUUAUGUUGGAAUAUGCAUAUUCUUAGUACUUAUAACCACUAGUUUAAUAAGAUACAUAUCAGCUCCUUUAUUAAAUUUGAUCCAAGUGAUUAACAUCCAUGUGAAGAAAAUAGGAAACAAUUUGAAUUCAGAAAUAUUUAAAAUGGCAAUAAAAAAUAAAAAGUAAACAGAUCUAUAUACGUCUCUUGCAUAUUCAUUCCUAGGUUUUAAGGAUCUAUAGACAAGAAGAUCAGAAAGUAAAAAUUAAACUUGUAAAUCUAUUGAUGAAAUAAAAUACAGUUUUUAGUACUAAGAAACUGAUUCCAGCAAAAUCAAAGAAUCAAUCUUGCUUCUUAAUAAUUACGAAGCCUCAGAAAACCUUAAUAAGUAUCACUCAUUUGAAUAACCUCUUACCUUAAGAAAUUUAUAAUAAAAUUAAUUAUGGAUUACUACUGAUGACGAAACAUCGUAUAGAUUGAUCCUUAUAAAAUAGUUAUUCUAAUAACUCUUUUAAAAACAGAGCCUACUCUGA